AUGGUCGGCAAUCAUUAUCUACACAAAUUAGUCGAUCAAAUAAAUAUUGAGAAAGUUAUCGCCGAUGCAUAUGAUGAAGCUGUUGAUAUACUUGAUGACUUAGAAGUACUGGACUUAUUACAACAACAAAAUGUUCUUGGUUUAAAGCGACUAAGUGAAUACAUAUUCGGACAUUUAAAUACAAAUUCUAAGAUGUACAACUACUCAUCUCAAGUAGAUAUCGUCGACACUGAGGAAUUUGAAUUAGCUGCAGAUGAUGAUGACGAAACAACAGACGAUUUUAAUUGUGAUGAUUCUUUUUCGAAUGAUGAUCCUACUGAUGAUGAAGAACAAGUUGUUACAACCGAAUUCAUUACUACUACGAAAAACAUUUUUUUUGAAUAA